GGAGGGUGAUGGGGGGAGGCCAUGACGUAGGGUGGGUGGACGGAAGUGGGGCAGGGUUGAGGGUUAUUUAAAGAAGGUGGGGGGCGAGCGAAGGGGUUGGAAGCUAGUAUUCCCUACCCUUGCUCUAUCUAGCUCUUCCUAGCGCAGCCACUGCAACCGCUCAGGAGCCUCCCUUCUCCCCUUCAUCUUUCCCGCUCCAACGCCAUGGAGCCGGACACGGCCACAGAGGCAGCCACCGUGGCAACCUCGGAUGCCAGAGCCACAAUCGUGGUCAUAGAGGAUGAGCAGCCCGGGCCGUCCACCUUUAAGGAGGAGGGAGCGGCUGCCGCCACCACGGAAGCCACCUCGGCCACUGAGAAGGGCGAGAAGAAGAAGGAGAAAACCACUUCUCCGUUUCAACUCAAACUUACUGCUAAAACGUCCAAAUCUGAAAAGGAAAUGGACCCAGAAUAUGAAGAGAAAAUGAAAGCAGAUCGAGCAAAGAGAUUUGAGUUUUUACUGAAGCAGACAGAACUUUUUGCACAUUUUAUUCAACCUUCAGCACAGAAGUCUCCAACAUCUCCUCUCACCAUGAAACUGGCGCGUCCUCGAGUAAAGAAAGAUGACAAGCAGAUCUUGGUUUCUGCUGGAGACAAUCGCCACAGGCGCACAGAACAAGAAGAAGAUGAAGAACUGCUGUCAGAGAGUAGGAAAACAUCAAAUGUGUGUGUUAGAUUUGAGGUUUCACCUUCCUAUGUGAAAGGUGGACCCCUGCGAGAUUAUCAGAUUCGAGGACUGAACUGGUUGAUUUCUUUGUAUGAAAAUGGAGUCAAUGGUAUUUUGGCUGACGAAAUGGGUCUUGGGAAGACUUUACAAACCAUUGCUUUGCUUGGUUAUCUGAAGCACUACAGAAACAUUCCUGGACCCCACAUGGUUUUAGUUCCAAAGUCUACGUUACACAACUGGAUGAAUGAAUUUAAACGAUGGGUUCCGUCUCUCCGUGUUAUUUGUUUUGUUGGAGACAAAGAAGUAAGAGCCGCUUUGAUCCGUGAUGAAAUGAUGCCAGGAGAGUGGGACGUGUGUGUGACUUCGUACGAGAUGGUAAUUAAAGAGAAAUCUGUGUUUAAAAAGUUUCAUUGGAGAUACUUAGUCAUUGACGAAGCUCACAGAAUAAAAAAUGAAAAAUCUAAGCUUUCAGAGAUUGUUCGUGAGUUCAAGUCCACUAAUCGCUUACUUCUAACUGGGACACCUUUGCAGAAUAACCUGCAUGAACUCUGGGCUUUACUUAACUUUUUAUUGCCGGAUGUCUUUAAUUCUGCAGAUGACUUUGAUUCUUGGUUUGACACUAAAAAUUGCCUUGGUGAUCAAAAACUUGUGGAAAGACUCCAUGCAGUUUUAAAACCAUUUUUGUUACGCCGUAUAAAAACUGAUGUAGAGAAGAGUCUGCCUCCUAAAAAGGAAAUAAAGAUUUACUUGGGACUGAGUAAAAUGCAACGAGAAUGGUAUACAAAAAUUCUGAUGAAAGAUAUCGAUAUUUUAAACUCUUCUGGCAAGAUGGACAAGAUGCGACUCUUGAAUAUUCUGAUGCAGCUCCGAAAAUGUUGCAACCAUCCUUAUCUAUUUGAUGGGGCAGAGCCUGGCCCACCUUAUACGACAGAUGAACACAUUGUCAGCAAUAGUGGUAAAAUGGUAGCUCUGGAUAAGCUAUUGGCGAGAAUUAAAGAACAGGGGUCAAGAGUUCUCAUUUUCAGCCAGAUGACUCGCCUGCUAGACAUUUUAGAGGAUUAUUGUAUGUGGCGUGGCUAUGAGUAUUGUCGACUAGAUGGACAAACCCCACAUGAAGAAAGAGAGGGAGCGAUAGAGGCCUUCAAUGCUCCUAAUAGCAGCAAAUUCAUCUUUAUGCUGAGUACAAGGGCUGGAGGUCUUGGAAUUAACUUGGCAAGUGCUGAUGUGGUUAUCCUAUAUGAUUCAGACUGGAAUCCACAGGUUGAUCUACAAGCUAUGGAUCGGGCACAUCGCAUCGGUCAGAAGAAGCCGGUACGAGUCUUCCGUCUCAUUACUGAAAACACAGUGGAAGAGAGGAUUGUAGAGAGAGCUGAGAUAAAACUGAGACUUGAUUCAAUUGUUAUACAGCAAGGAAGACUCAUUGACCAACAAUCUAACAAGCUGGCAAAAGAGGAAAUGUUGCAAAUGAUACGCCAUGGAGCCACCCAUGUUUUUGCCUGUAAAGAAAGUGAGCUGACAGAUGAAGAUAUUACAACUAUUCUGGAGAGAGGGGAAAAGAAGACUGCAGAGAUGAAUGAACGCAUGCAAAAAAUGGGAGAAGCAUCUCUAAGAACUUUUAGAAUGGACCUUGAACAAAGUUUGUACAAGUUUGAAGGAGAAGAUUAUAGAGAAAAACAGAAGCUUGGUAUGGUGGAGUGGAUUGAACCUCCUAAACGAGAACGCAAAGCCAACUAUGCAGUGGAUGCCUACUUUAGAGAGGCUUUGCGUGUCAGCGAGCCAAAGAUCCCCAAGGCUCCUCGACCUCCAAAACAGCCAAAUGUUCAGGAUUUUCAAUUUUUCCCAACACGUUUAUUUGAGCUCCUGGAAAAGGAAAUUCUUUAUUAUCGAAAGACUAUCGGUUAUAAGGUUCCAAGAAAUCCUGAGAGCCCCAAUCCAGCUAUCGCUCAAAGAGAAGAGCAAAAAAAGAUCGAUGGAGCUGAACCUCUUACACCACAGGAGACUGAAGAGAAGGACAAACUUCUUACACAAGGUUUCACAAACUGGACUAAGCGGGAUUUUAACCAGUUUAUUAAAGCAAAUGAGAAGUAUGGGAGAGAUGACAUUGAUAAUAUAGCUCGAGAGGUAGAGGGCAAAUCCCCUGAGGAGGUCAUGGAGUAUUCAGCUGUGUUUUGGGAACGCUGCAAUGAAUUACAGGACAUUGAGAAAAUUAUGGCUCAAAUUGAACGUGGAGAAGCAAGAAUUCAGCGAAGGAUCAGUAUUAAGAAAGCCCUGGAUGCCAAAAUUGCAAGAUACAAGGCUCCAUUUCAUCAGUUGCGUAUUCAGUAUGGAACCAGUAAAGGAAAGAACUAUACUGAGGAAGAGGACAGAUUCUUGAUCUGUAUGUUACACAAAAUGGGCUUUGACAGAGAAAAUGUGUAUGAAGAAUUAAGACAGUGUGUACGGAAUGCUCCCCAGUUUAGAUUUGACUGGUUCAUCAAGUCUAGAACUGCCAUGGAAUUCCAGAGACGCUGUAAUACUUUGAUUUCAUUGAUUGAAAAAGAAAAUAUGGAAAUUGAGGAAAGAGAGAGAGCAGAAAAGAAGAAAAGGGCCACUAAAACUCCAAUGGUAAAGUUUUCAGCAUUUUCCUAACUUUUAGGUAGAUUUCACUUUUUUUACACCUUUACAAAUGUUUAUACACUGUUUAAUGCCAUCGUGAUGUCUGUUACCACGCCGGGUUUUAUGAAAUGCUAAUUGGUUUUAGACAGAAGAAGAAUCACACCACAAAUAUACUCCCAUUUUGUUCGAAGAACAUGUGGUUAGGAACUCCCUUGUUACAAGACUCGGUAUUUAAGAACUCCCUCACAAAUCUAAGCAGAAGCAGAAGCAAACAAGAUCCUACGAAUUGAGACUAGGUCGCCGUGGGAGUAGGGAAUGUUUAUAGUUGAGAUGGGAUAGUGUGAGAUUCAAACUUGGAGUUCUGAGUCAAUCAAAUAAGUCAUUUGAUCUUUGUGGAACUGUGUGUGCAAAUGAGAACCCUGAGCAGACAAGAAAGCUCUUUUUUUUUGACAAAAAGUUAAGUGCUGGCUAAAAAUGUGAUUUUAAUCCUGUCUGGUUGCUGUGUAUAUCUAUGAUUCAAAAUGUUCUUUAGAAGAUCAUCCUGUUUGAGUGUGUUAAGUAGACCACCAUAUUUUCUCAAAUCUAAGAUGCUUUCUGUGGUGAGACACAGCAUUUUUUUUGUGCCACUGAGAGAUUUGAUGCCAAGUAUCAUCUGUUAUCAGUUGUAAGGUACAUCCUGAUGUCAGAGAUGCUCAAAGGGGAAAGAAAUGUGCACCAUAGAAGAUAUGAAAUAUGGUGCGUUAACAUCUAUCUUAAAUAAAAAAAUUCCCCAGAAAGUUUAAUAUUAAGUAGUUCUUUAAGAUAAGAGUACAUUUAUAAGCCAUGUGUAAGUAGAUACUUGAUGACUAUUUUUGAUGGAUAUUUUAUGUCUUUUCAUAAAAAGAAACACCUUUAAAGUUAUUUUACAUUGGGUUAUAUAGUUUGUUGAGCUAUAUAGAACAUUUACUGUGAGCGUAACACUGAAGUGAAUAUUCAUGUUAAAAAUUUUUUAAUGCAUUUACAUCCUAGAUUUAACAUUGUUGGGCCAUUUAAAAGUGUGCAUACUGGAGCAGAACAUUAAAUCUGUUUCCAUUUUAGUCACAGAAAAGAAAAGCAGAGUCAGCUACUGAGAACUCUGGAAAGAAGGAUGGCAAGAAGGUGAAAUCCUAAAGUCUAGAAAUAAAGUUUUAAAUGGGAAACUGCUAUUUUCUUGUUCCCAUCUUCAAAUGCUAAUUGCCAGUUCCAGUGUAUUCAUGGUACUCUAAGGAAAAAAAAUCUCUUUGGUUUUGAUUUCUUGUGUAUUUUAUAUAUUUCCCAAUACUUUCUAUCUGAAAUGUGUAGCUUUCUAUUUGAUGCAUUCUAGUAUUUUGUGUACUGUGUUUUGUGCAUUUCAUGUCUUCAUCAAAUCCCUCUCAGUCCUUGGUUUUUGGACGCUUGUGCUGAGGUUUUAGCUUUUAUAUGUUUUCUAUGCCGCUGCUUUGAAAGAGAACCUAGAUUCUAUAGCUGUAUUAUUGUUGUUUCAGACUUUAAAUUUAUAUGGCUGUGGAAAAAAUGAAUUAAAAUGAUUUGAGGAGAAAGACUUUUUCACUUCUUUGUUGCUUUCUUUUCUAUUGAGUCUGGGCUUGUAUGUGUUACUGCACACUGUGAUUAGCAUAAUAAUUGUUUCUUUGAGGUCAUCUAAAUAUUUUUUCCAAAAGAAAUAAAGGGUGAGAAAAGAAAAAAAUAUUAAAAAAGCCUAAUAUUUGAUACUGUGCUUGCUGUCAGUAUGCGUUACAUUUAAAUUAUUCUCUAAAUAUUCAAGUGGGAAAAUAUAAUAAAGAAAUGUCUAUAAGAAAUGUAAUUAUUUC